AUGUUGGAGGAAAUGCAAAAUCGAAAAAUACUAUCGGAACUCAUUGAUUUGCUGGUGAAGGAGGACUACUCAUGGGCAAAAUAUGAAGAACCAACCGAUAACAUCAAGACAUUUACUCUGGUGUAUUCAGAGGUGGAAAAAGGUGCUGAUAAUUGUGUUCGCAAAGAAAAUGGAAUAUCAACGUGCACCGGAAUAUCACAAACUGUUAAAUCUACUUAUAAAUAUACCCCAUUGCUUAUAGCAACAUGCACCGGAAUAUCACAAAUUGUGAAAAUGAUGUUGAAGGUUCACCCUCAAUCCGUGGAUGUGCACGAUAUUGACAACGAACAAAACAUUCUGCACAUGGCCAUUAAGCAUCGUCGGCUAGCCAUCUUUAACAUUUUAGCAAAGAGAAAAUUGACAACGUCAAGAUUGGCUAACAGGAUUGAUAGGUAUGGGAACACCAUAUUGCACCACGCUGCAGAUACAGGUUUUUACUCUGUAGACGCUCAAUGGGUAAGUGGUCCUGCAUUUCAAUUGCAAGAAGAAUUGCGUUGGAUGGCGCGUGUGGAAAAGAUAAUGCCACCUCAUUACUUCAUGCACCGGAACAAUCAGGGAGUGACAGCGAAGGAGCUCUUCGAAAGUAAGCAUUCAAGUCUUCUUACGUUGGCAAAAGGAUGGAUAAAAGAGACAGCUCAGUCGUGCUCGACCGUGGCCGCUUUGGUGGCCACCGUGGCCUAUGCAGCCGCCUUUACGGUUCCCGGGGGGAAUGAUAACAGAGGGGUUCCUGUUCUCCGUCAUUCUCCUUUCUUCAUCACAUUCGCCAUUUCGGACACUAUCUCGCUCAUCUGCUCAUUGACUUCUUUGGGCACGUUUCUCUCUAUCCUGACUUCCCCGUUUGAGUACGAAAACUUCCACCAUUCUCUUCCCUUCAGGCUGCAUUUAGGAUUCGCCCUUCUAUUCUUCUCGCUGGUAGCCACCAUGCUGACCUUCACUGCUACUAUUGUGCUCUUGAUUCAUCAUCAAAAGACUUGGACAACGUCCCUCAUUUAUGUGGUUGCCUUUCUUCCUGUCUCUGUGUUUGGGCUCACGCAAUUUCCUUUGUAUGACGGAUUUUCCCAAGGUUUUAAAUACAUUUCAAAGACAAUUAAGAAGAUUAAAAGGUCAGGAUAA